CCAAUUUUCAAUUCCACUCUCCCACUUCUCUUCCUUUUUUACCUGAAAAUUAGAAAAAGAAAAAAACUUUCUGCCGUCUCCUCCACCACUCGAAAUCCGGCACGAUCUUCAAAGUUCAACCUCUGUGGGUCUCUUAACAGAAAACUUUGGCACUUUCUUUCUUUUUCCUUCAAAACUGAAAAAAGAAGAGCUCUGAACCACAAUUUCCUUCCAUUUCUUCUCUGAAUUUUGCGGUUCUAAUGGCGUUCAAUGUUCUGGCUCACCCUGAAAUCAAGGCGCUCUCCUUCUUGGACUCCUCCAGGUCCAGACACCUCACCAAGCUUCAAGGUACGUCAUCGUUAAAGGAGUGCAGAACCAUAAUUCAUAAGAGAAUUCACUGUUCGUCACAGCCUCCUCCCCCAGCUUGGCCUGGACGAGCUGUCCCGGAGCCAGGACGUAAGAAAUGGGAAGGCCAGAAGCCUAUCUCCAUUGUGGGAUCCACUGGAUCCAUUGGAACUCAGACAUUGGAUAUUGUGGCAGAGAAUCCUGAUAAAUUUAGAGUUGUGGCACUUGCAGCUGGUUCUAAUAUAACUCUCCUUGCAGAUCAGGUGAAAACAUUUAAACCUCAAUUAGUUUCUGUAAGAGAUGAGUCCUUAGUUGAUGAGCUCAAAGAGGCUUUGGCUGAUCUUGAUGAAAAGCCUGAGAUUAUCCCUGGCGAGCAGGGAAUAAUCGAGGUUGCAAGACACCCAGACGCUGUCACUGUUGUUACAGGAAUAGUAGGAUGUGCUGGUCUAAAGCCUACUGUUGCUGCCAUUGAAGCUGGGAAGGACAUAGCCUUGGCCAAUAAAGAAACUCUGAUUGCUGGUGGUCCCUUUGUUCUUCCUCUUGCUCACAAGCACAAUGUAAAGAUCCUUCCCGCCGAUUCAGAACAUUCAGCAAUAUUUCAGUGUAUUCAGGGAUUGCCAGAGGGUGCACUUCGCCGUAUUAUUUUGACUGCAUCUGGUGGGGCUUUCAGGGACUUGCCAGUUGAAAAGUUGAAGGACGUUAAAGUUGCAGAUGCUUUAAAGCAUCCUAACUGGAGCAUGGGAAAGAAGAUCACUGUUGACUCUGCUACUCUUUUCAACAAGGGCCUAGAAGUCAUUGAAGCUCACUAUUUGUUUGGAGCUGAAUAUGAUAACAUCGAAAUCGUAAUCCACCCGCAAUCUAUCAUACAUUCAAUGGUGGAGACAGAGGAUUCAUCUGUUUUAGCACAAUUGGGAUGGCCUGAUAUGCGCUUGCCCAUCCUUUACACCAUAACAUGGCCAGACAGACUAUAUUGUUCUGAAGUAACUUGGCCUCGCCUUGAUCUUUGCAAGCUAGGUUCUCUCACAUUCAAAACUCCAGACAACAUAAAAUACCCAUCGAUGGACCUGGCCUAUGCUGCUGGACGGGCAGGCGGAACCAUGACGGGAGUCCUCAGUGCAGCUAAUGAGAAGGCUGUGGAAAUGUUUAUUGAUGAAAAAAUCAGCUACUUGGAUAUUUUCAAGGUUGUGGAGCUAACAUGCGACAAGCAUCGAAAUGAAUUGAUCACCGCACCUUCCCUAGAGGAGAUUGUACACUAUGACUUAUGGGCAAGGGACUAUGCUGCAAGUUUGCAGUCGUCCUCCAGUUUCAGUCCUGUAGCUGCAUGACCGUCCGCAUCCCGCCUUCACCAGAGGUAACCUUGCACUGAUGCUCUGAUGAAAAAUUGGAAGUUUUGCUCAUGUCUGUUGAAAUGGCCUGGCAGGAGUUGGAUGGCUUUAGGGAACAGUUGGUAAUUUAAGGAAAAAAAUGUAAAACCACAGCACAAAACAUUCAAUCAAUGGAGGGGGAUUAAUGUCCUACUCAUCUUGCUAUUGUGAUGUUGCAGUUAAUGGGGGAAAUAUGGAAGUCUAAAUAAAUUUAUGGGAUUUGUAGAGGCAAUUCAGUUUUAUUUUCUCAAGUCAAAAGAUCUGUUGUACAGAUUGUUUGAGGAGCAACUGAAAAUAACAGAGUUAUGUGGUGAUUAUUUUAUUUGUUAGAGGAAAGAAAAUGAGUGGUUACCCGAUUUCAACCUUUUGAUGUGUAA